AUGGGUUCCACCGAACUCCCUUAUAUGAAGACCAAUCCCAAAAUCAUCUUCUUCACUGAUUUUGAUGGGACCAUUACACUGGCAGAUAGGAAUUACGAUGUGCUCCAUGGCAGAGCUAGCUUCCGUGAUGCCUUCCGCGAUAUGUUGGACAGCGUCAAAACGCCUUUCGACAAGUGCAUCGAGAUCCUCCAGGAGAACAUGAAACUUGACCCCCACUUUAUCGAGUUCUACUACUGGGCCGAGGAAAACAAUGUUCCAAUUGUGGUAUUGUCGUCGGGGAUGAAGCCCAUCAUUAGUGCCUUGUUCGAGUCAUUGCUGGGACACAAGCCUCGAAGCCAUUUGCACAUUGUUUCCAACGACGUGGAGAGCCGCGACGGCAAGGACAUCAACACCGCAGGCGGUUGGAAAAUCAAGUACCACGACGACAGUCAUUUCGGACAUGACAAAUCCUUGGAGAUCAAGCCGUACGCCGCAUUGCCGGAAGACAAGCGGCCCACUUUGCUCUAUGCUGGAGAUGGUGUCUCCGAUCUGUCUGCUGCUGCAGAGACUGACCUUCUCUUUGCUAAAAAGGGCCAUGAUCUGGUGACCUACUGCGAGCGGGAAGGAAUGCCGUUCACCACGUUCGAAAGUUGGGAGACGAUCCUGGACACUACAAAAGACAUUCUGAGCGGGAAGGUAUCAUUGAAGAAAGUGGCUGAAGAAGGAUUGAAAAAGGUGCAUGAGCAAGGCAAUUGA